AUCUUUUGUGUUUGAUCUACUUUUACUUUCAUUAUUAUCAGGGGGUUGGAUACAUUAUAAAUUCAGUCUGACACAGGAUUUGUUUCUAUUCAGCAUUGCCACAAACACUGUGCUUGGAUAAAACAUUUUUGGGAGGCACUCAAAAGUAGGAUAUUAUAACUAAAUUUGUUUUUCGAUUUAAGACAAGAUAUGUUUUCUUUCUUCACAGACAGCAGUGCUCAUUACGAUAAUGACAAUGUUGAGCAUUCUCAAAAUAGAAGUCAGAAAAUGAAGGGAGAAGUUCACAGUCUUUUAGAAGAGAGGAUUCGUCCAUACAUUGAUCUGAUCGACACUCUGCGGUCAGUUGGCAUUCACAAGGACUUGGCAUUACCGACUAUUGCAGUGAUCGGAGACCAGAGUUCUGGAAAAAGCUCUGUGUUAGAAGCGAUUUCUGGUGUUGCAUUACCAAGAGGAAGCGGAAUUGUCACCAGAUGUCCACUAGAGCUGAGGCUGAAGAAGGUAACAGGUGGAGUCAGUUGGAAGGCUGUUCUAUCUUACCGUGAUAAGAAAACUGAAUUCGUGGAUUCAUCAUUCGUUGGAAACCACGUAGAAGCAGCCCAGAAUGAACUGGCAGGAAAAGGGGUAGGAAUAUGUGAUGACCUCAUCACUUUAGAGGUCAUGUCACCAGAUGUGUGUGACCUCACACUGAUCGAUCUACCUGGAAUUGCCCGAGUCCCAGUUAAAGGACAACCAGAGGAUAUUGGAAAACAGAUCAAAAGUCUGAUAACAAAGUUCAUUCAGAUGCCAGAGACUAUAAACAUGGUAGUGGUGCCUUGUAACACUGACAUUGCAACAACAGAAGCAUUAAAAAUGGCACAAGAAGUAGAUCCUGAGGGCAAAAGAACUAUCGCCAUUUUGACCAAGCCAGAUCUCAUUGACAAGGGAACAGAGAAGAACAUUCUGGACAUUGUCCACAACAAAGUGAUUCCCCUCCGCAAAGGUUACGUCAUGGUGAAGUGUAGAGGACAACAGCAGAUCAAUGAGAAAAUUCCUCUGGAGGAAGCGACACAAAUGGAGAGAGAUUUCUUCCAAAAGCAUAACGAUUUCAGAUGCCUCUUGAGUGAGGAUAAAGCGACUGUUAAAUGUCUUGCAACCAAACUGACUCAGCAUCUUGUUGAUCAUAUCAAAAAAUUGCUGCCACAGCUCAGUGAGCAGAUAAAAAAGCAGUUGUGGGACCUGAGGAAUAAGCUCAAAGAGUGUGAGACUGGACCACCACAGGAUCCUAAGGGGGCCAAACAAUUCCUCAUUGAAAUCUUAACAAGAUUCAAUGAUCAAAUCAAGUCCUUAUCAUCAGGAGAGCUGAUCAUUAAGGAAAAUUUGUUUGUCCAGCUUCGGGCUGAAUAUAAGGAGUGGAAUGAUCGUCUUAAUGACACAAAGAAAUCUUUUAAAAAUUUGAUUGAAGAGAGGAUAGCAUGUAGCCAGGAUUACAGAGGGAGGGAACUGCUCGGCUUCUGCAACUACAAAAUGUUUGAGGAGGUUCUGCAGAAGCAUGUGGCCAAACUUAAAGAACCAGCCAUCGACUUACUCAACACCAUCAAAGACAUCAUCAUCAAGCAGUUCAUUGAUGUAGUGAAUCAAUGUUUCCAGAAAUACCCUCUUCUUCUAGACAUCACUACGGACAAAAUUCACAACAUUCAAUCAAUCCAGCAAGAGAAGGCAGAGCAGAGGAUCUCAGAGCAGUUUGAAAUGGAAAACAUGAUCUACACUCAAGAUUCCAUCUACUUGAACGCCCUAAAUGAGAUGAGGCCCAAAGAGAUGUUUAUAAAAACCGAAGAGUCAUUUUCAGAAGAUCAGUUGCCUGUCUUUGAUGUAAAGAGCAAGUACAGUGAAAUGCUGCAGUCGUAUUAUGAGAUUGUGGUGCAGCGGAUGGCUGACCAACUACCCAUGAUAAUAUCCCUUUUCAUGCUGAAACAGACUGCUCAGCUCCUGUCUACUGACAUGCUGGGUUUACUGGACGGGGCAAAUGUGAGCGAGCUCUUGUUUGAGGACUCUGAGGUCAGCAUAAGGCGCAGAGACCUACGAGCUCGCCUGGGCCGUUUGAGUAUCGGUCAGGAAAAAAUUAGCAAUUUUGUCUGAGCAAUGUACUGACUAGAGGAAAUGCUGACCAGAUGUGUAUCAGUAUACUUUAAUGUGGCAUUUGGUCUUAAAAUGACAGCAGCCUAUUAUACCCACCUGCUGCUCUGUGUCAUUAUUGUGAAUUAAACAAAAGAAAAAAUAA